CUCUGAUUCCUUUUGCAUCCUUCUCUCACCCAGUCCGUUCCCUGGACCGGGAAAUGCCACCCAUCAGACAUUCGCAACGGAUUUAAAAGUACACCGCCGUCCUAUUUUGAAGAUGUUCAAAUGCAUCUUCUAUCUAUGUCUACUCACUUUCCUGAUUAAUCAUGUGAAAGCGGAGGCAGGGAUCUUCUACAAUCCUCCGACGGGCGGCCCCAUCCACGAUUACUCGGAGGACCCCGUCUACACCCUCGAACAGACUGUGCAGCUUCGAUGGGCGACUAGCCUUGAGUUUAUCUCUCUGAUGCUUUGGCAAAAUGAUAAUUCCGACUACGAAUGGCUUCAAACCAAUCUCAGUGGGGUCACCAGCUACGACUGGGUUGUCAGCACCCAAAGGAAUCUCAGCGACGGCGUAGUAUUCUUCUUCCAGAUUCGUGAUGCGACCGACCUUGAAGACUGGGACGGUGUGUUCGCAAGUCACUACUUCAAUAUAUCUGCGGGUACGUCGACCACGACAGCAAUCGGAACUUCAACGACAACGGCGGUAUCUACCUCUGCCACAACCAUUCUCUCCGUGGCGUUGACUGCAUCGGCUGCAGUCACCGCCGCAUCGGCACCGGCAGAGACCACGACCCCUGCAGUGACGUCUUCGGGAUCGGACACGGGAGCAAAGACCGGAAUCGGGGUGGGAGUAGGUUUGGGCUGUGCGCUUCUGCUGACGAUCGGGCUUACCUGGUACUGGCUCCGGCGACGUCGAAAGGUAGCCAGACGAGAGGCAACGGGUCCGAUGGAUACAAGGAGCGAGACUGUACUGUCGUAUGAAUUACCGGCUUUCGCAAGGGGUACAAAAUACUCCCGUGCAUCAGUACCCGCGGAGAUGGAGGGUCCUGUAGAGGUCCGGUAUGAGCUGCCAUCAUAAGAGACGGCCUUGUCUUCUCUAGGGCACGCAUCGGGGUCGUCUAGUAACAACCCAUGAUUACACGUU